GAAAAUACGACUACCCUGCAAAGCGUCGCGUCGUCGAACGGCAUCAUGGGAUACACCGACGCGCACUAUUGUUGGAAUUAUGACGUAGUAGCAUCUUUGCAUACAAGUACAAGACCGUCCUGAACCGAACAAAAACUGUUUUUUUAGUUGUCAAUGGUCGGAAAACAUCGACCAUGGAUGACAAGGGUAAAACAUACAAAACGUUCAAGACGAGCUUUCAACUUGGAAGCGAUAAAGGCAAACCAUGCACUAGUUACUACACAGAUUAUAUCGUGACUAAACGAUAUUUGACGGCUGGUCCAGAUCCACCGUUUCCACCACCAGAGCCAGCAGAGGUGAUUCCCAAGCAACACAACCCAAUGGUGGAAUGCACAACACAUAAACGAGACUUUAUUAACUAUGGUAAUGACACACUCUUAAACUUAGCGACGUCCAGACAAGACUCAAUGAAAGCCGUGAAGUGUGCUCAUACGCGUGACUCGGUGGUGAUCGCCCGCAAAGACUAUGAUCCACGACACCGGCACGCUGCUACCAUGACGACCAAUAAAUGGUACUUUCGGGAUCGUGACGGCUUCAGACCAACUGAACAGGACACGUUGCAAGGCAAUAUAUCUCCGCCGACUCACCACAGGUAUCAUAGACCGUCAACUAUCAUCAGACCUCGCCCUGGAUUACGAAUGAAUUUACCGGCCCUCACGCGAGAUCGUGUCUGGGACGUAAUGAGGAUGGUGAAGUCGCCGGAAAGAAGGAAUGUAACAGAGUCCAAGAGCGCAUAUCGUUGGAGGGAAUCCUCGACCAAACCACCUGCCGGUAUUUUGAGAUACAGUAAGGAGUUGAAGAAAUGA